UACGCGGGGCUGGUGGAGGCGGCGGGCGCGGGGGGCGAGCGGGCGGGGCUGCGGAAGGUCUACUGCUGCCCGGUGUGCUCCCGGACCUUCGAGUACCUCUCCUACCUGCAGCGUCACAGCAUCACCCACUCGGAGCACAAGCCCCACCCCUGCCGGGCCUGCGGCAAGGCCUUCAAGCGCACCUCGCACCUGGAGCGCCACAAGUACACCCACGCCGGGCGCAAGCCCCACCAGUGCCCCAUCUGCCAGCGCAGCUUCCGGGACGCCGGCGAGCUGGCCCACCACCAGCGGGUGCACACGGGAGAGCGCCCCGUCCAGUGCGAGGACUGCCACCUGUGUUUGGACCAAGCAAACUGA